GGGCAGUGUUCUCGAAUCUCUGUCUGARUGAUAGUGAAAUCUAUUWAUCAUGGCACGACGAAUGAAAGACAAUAUGUUAAUGCAGAUGCUGUUCGCGUUCAUUAUCUUCUUGCGAUUAAGCAUAGUGGGUGGAUUAUCCAAUGCUUCCACAAAUUUUUCCCAGRUGACACCAGGACAGCAAUCAGCUCUCUGUGCCAAAAAAACACARAUAAUUGUGGUCGGAGGAGGACCUGUCGGCUUGUCAGCUGCCCUUCUGCUCGCCAACCAAGGGUACGAUGUUACUGUCCUCGAAGCCACCGAAACCACAAAAAUCAAGAYCUUCAACCCGGCGCUUGCCUACUUGUACAAUAUCAACGCGAGGGGGCAAAUCUUUACMAAAAAAAUCCCCAGCGCCCAUAAAAAGCUUGUCGAAAGGAGUGUAYCAUCCACCGAUACUGGGUUUCUCUUGGCGCCAGCUGAUUUGGAGAAAGAGAUUAAGUAUCCCUUAGUACCUUCGUUUGGAGACGWUUCGUAUUGGAUUCCAAGACAUGAAAUGGUUGUACUAUURUGGGAGGCUGUCGAUGAACACAAUAAAGAGUAUGCGUCAGGAAAUAAUCACAAUCGUGUUGGAAAAAUAAGUUACGAGCACGGAGUGCAAUGUCUUAAUGUCCAUCCAUGUGCUGAACACGAGAACAGCGUGUCUGUUGUUACGAAAAAUAAGGGUGACGGGAAAGAAAAAACUCUUAGGGCAGAACUAGUUAUCGGAGCGGAUGGUAUCGACUCGAAAGUCAGGGAAUGUCUCAAACAACGAUCGGGUCUCUUUCAGUCAUGGAAUUAUAACAAGAACAAGUUCAAGAUGAGAAAAUGGAUCUCUCCUGCAACAGGCUUGAAGUUAAAGGUUGGUUUAUUUCAUUGAUCUCGCGGCACCGUUUGUCAAACUUGAUACUCUUUUCCUUAAACGGUUGAUCGUACUUGUGUUGUUGAUUCAUUUUAAGGCACUUCAACUUCCAGCAGACAGGUAUUUGGUGAAAGAUGCCAGCGGAAAUAAAGUUGCUACGAAAAAGAACGACUUUGUUUCAGUGAGGGGCAAAAGAGUCGGACCACUAGACACUUUAUCUCUGUCGUGUCUACCUGUGAGUGAAUCCACCAAGAUUCGUCCAGGAAACUGYAUAACUAGACCCAACCACGUAUUAUGGACAAUGAAGAAUGGGAAAGAGGUGAAGGCCUGGUUYAAAGAUAAUUAUCCUAGAUUAGAUCUAGAUGAUAUAAUUUCAGAUGAUGAGUGGCAACGUUUUGCAGAAGCCGAUGGGUUGACUUUUCCACCAUGUCAAUAUAGUCCAGGUCUAAUGGCAUCGUCUCGCGAUAAUAGGUGCGGGAUUGUUUUGCUGGGGGAUGCAGCCCAUUCGUUCAGUCCCGACAUUGGACAAGGAAUCAAUGCUGGUCUCAUGGAUGCAGUAAAACUCAGUGAGUGUCUCGCAAACACCUCCCCCGACAAAAAGUCUGCAACUUUAGCCGAAAACAAUCUGGGCGCCGCCCUCAAACAAUAUGAACGCAUCCAGGCUCCAGAGGUAAGUGGCCCUACCCGGUUUUCCGACUUCAAACAAUUCAAUUGGAUUUUGAAUUCUAACCUACGGUCUAUUUUCAAAUCUUUUAGACGCGGGCACUGGUUCGCCUUGCCAGGUUUGGUAGCCCCUAUCAAUACAAUCAGCCUCUUUUAAAGGAUCGAAUAGGGAAGAAACUUUGGACAGCAAAUGUACUAAUGCGUGUUCUUUUUAACAAGCUCACGUUCGGAAUCUUUCCAAAACCUGUGGUGAUGAAUGUUAGCUCAAAAGACUUGACUUACAGACAGAUUGCUCGCCAAGCUGAUUUUGCUACAUUUGGACUGGUGUUUGCCUUGAUGUUUUCUGUGCUGAAGUUUGUGAUGCGACUUCCAUUCAUUAGAGUACAGUUAGUUCCACAAGUUCUGACAUUCAUGCCAUGAAACCUGGUUUAAUGAAUUCACCGAAGGAUCACCAUUUCCUGCCAAAAACAAAAUAAAACACGUUACUAUUAUCAAAGUGACUGAAAUAUGAUGUUCAACUGCUUUGCUCUGGUAGCUCAUUAGAACCAAAAGUCAUUAUCGUCUUUGUCUCUGGCUUUUCUGUCUUGUUGUUGAUUCCAACCUUUCUUCAGAGCUUCAUGUGAAACUCAAAUCUCAAUACCAAAACCAAAUCCUAUAGGGCMACUUAUCCAAGUACAAACACCCUGCUGUUGUGUCAUAUGUGCGACAAUAGUUUGUUGUUCAAAGGCUCGUGGGUGAUUGCAUGUGGUAUAGUCAAGUGAGGGGAGAGCACACCUAAAAAAUCACCAURGUGAUGGUAAUUUUUAUUGGAAUUGCGUCAUAACCUGUGGGAGUGACUAUCCAAUAGUGAUGUAAAUYGAGUGCUAGAAGAAAAGUGAGUUGAUGCUCUUAUUGAGAAUCAAGGAACUAUGAAAUCUAAGGUUGAUCAGAAUGAAGAUCGAGUGAUGUGUGUGAAUCAAAUGAGUCAAGUCAA